AGAUGGCAGAGGGAGGCGAACACAACAAUCCAGUACCAGGAUCUGAUGCAGACUUUGUGUACUCGUGCACACCGUGCGCUGACGAAGGCAAUGAUGAAACGGCGUUGAAAUACUGUCCAGAAUGUAAAGAAUAUCUCUGUGCAGCGUGCAUAAAAUAUCAUCUUAAAUUUUCUGCAACGAAGAAACACACCCUACAUGACAACGAACACCAACAUUGUGAGAGAGAUUCCAUCGACACUACAUCAGAUGAGGACCAAAUGUUCAAAUGUCUCUAUCAUCUUGACAGGGAUAUCGAGAUGUACUGUGGUGAUCAUGACAUGGUGUAUUGCUCUCUAUGUGUUGCUAAGGAUCAUAGGCACUGCACUGGAAUACUAGAACUUAAAGAAGCAGCUAAAAGGAUUUCUAGCGACAACGAAGACAUCAUACUGAGUAAAGUCGACUCUUUGCAAGCUGAAAUACAGGUAACAAGAGAGAAGAAAAAAGAAAAUCUGAUUACACUAGAUAAGGAAAAGAAUGAAAUUGUAAAAACCAUAAAAGACACGGAACGUUUGAUGAUUGACACAAUCAAAGAACUAGCGCUUGACGCACAAGCAAAGGCUUGCACUACAUAUAAUGGUUUAAAGGAAGAAUUGCAAACAGAAGAUUCUGUUCUUUUGCAAGCUUUUACUAAUACUAAUGAGUUAAGAAGUAAAGUUAAAACAAAGGUGGACCUAGAUGAAAAACGAAAAUUUGCAAGACACAUUCUGCAGAAACAUAGCCUGACCAAAUUAGAGAAUAAGCACGAAAGCGUAGAAAAAGAUGAGAGGAAAAUGAAAUGGUUUAAGAAUGAAGAAUUGAUACAAUACUUGUCAACAGCUGAUUGUCUUGUUCAGGUUGUUGGAAGUAAAACCAGCUUCAAUAUAAAAAACAACCCAAUUCGCAAACAGUUACAGAACGAUAUAAACAUAAAAGGAAAAGGUGACAAACAUACCUGUAGCAUAAUUGGAAUUUGCCAGCUUUUUGAUGGUACAAUUAUACUUUGUGAUCGCACAAAUAAAAAGUUGAAAAAGUUGAAUGAAGGCUAUAGCAUUACAGAAGAAUUCAAAUUAGCAUCUAGUCCAUCGGGUAUGUGUUUAACAGGCAAAACUGAGGUAGCAGUUAAACUCAAACAUCACACAAUAUUGUUCGUUUGUUACGAAAAGGACAAAUUGAAGAAAACACAUUUCAUAAAAAUUGAGGGCGGUGACUAUGUUGGUAUUGCUUCCUUUUGCAACGAAAUUUGGUGCUUUACUGGAGAUGCCAUCAUGGUCUAUAACCGUUGGGGAGCGGUCAUAAAAACCUUGAAUAAUGAAUCAUUUGUAGGGACAAUAUACAACCCUGUUGUGGAUGGACCUAUCCCAGUUGCAACAGACGGCGCAUUUAUGUAUGUAUCAGAUUUGGGUAACAAAGUUGCAUGUCUAGACAGGGAAGGAAACGUAUGGUCGGUUAUGGAAAGUAAACGGUUGGAGUUGGUAAGAAAAGCUUGUAUUGCUUCAAAGGAUAUUAUUUGUAUCGCAGGAUACACCUCGGGGAAUGUUAUGAUGUUCGAUGGAAAAGGUAAAUGCUUAGGAGAAUUGGUAGAUGGUUUAAUGGAACCAGAUUCUCUAUGCUACGAUAACAAGAAACAGCAGCUGCUUAUUGGGUACAGAGAUUUGAAUAUAUUGACAAUUAUCAAAUUGGAUGAAUGUUUGUAGGAAAUAUAUAAAAGUAAUUUAAAAAAAAAAGAAAUUAAAAAAUUGACGUGUUAUGACUUAUAUACAACUUUUGUCAAACGUCACUGGAAGUACUGGAUAAGUUAAUCCAAGAUAUCA